CUUCUUCGGAAUGUGUAUUUGUGUUAUUUGACUUGUACAAAAAAUAAUUCUAUUACAUAAAAUCUGUUAAAACAUACUCUUUGAAUAAUAUUUCAUCACCUAAUUUAUUUAGGUCCUGAAGUUUUAAAUUAAUUUAGAUAUUUUGUAUCAUAUUAUUUUAUUCAAUGUUUAGCAGUAAAAUUCAACUACAGAAACGUACUCCUAGAAAUGGUACUGAUCGUGAAAGUUUUCUAUCAUUAUUAGUAGACGAGUAUAUUAAUUCCUCUUCAUAUGAUGCUAAGUGUCAAGUUUUAGCUAAUUUGGCCAAUUUUGCAUAUGAUCCAAUAAACUAUGCAUACAUUAGAGAAGUUGGAGUCUUGGACAUUUUUCUACAUGUUAUGAAAAAUGAAACAAAUGAAACAUUAUUACAAUUUGCAUGUGCAGGCAUUUGCAAUCUGUGUUCAGACCCACUGAAUGCUGAGUAUAUCUUGACACAAAAUGGAGUAAAGCCAAUAAUAGCAUUACUAAAUUCAAAUAAUCAAGUAGCGGCUGAUGCACUAACAAGUUUGAUAUAUCUGUAUAAUGACCAAACUAAAUCAGAAAUAAAUACUUUUGAGACCAUCCAAUUAAUAAAAACACUGAAAGAAAGAAAAGAUAGUAUUUUAGCUAACCUUGCUAAUAUAUUUUUGGAAGAUAUUUGCAGUACAAAAUAAAAUGUUGGUAAUUGUUUAAACAAAAAUAAUUUCAUAAUGAAUAAAAUAUUGUCAAAUAGAUUCCCAUACAUUGCGGUGAAUAACAAGAACUAUCAAAAGAUAUGCAAGAUUCAUACAACAUCAUUUAGUAGCUCGGCUUUCAAGGCUGGCGACAAAAUUAGAAUACAAAAGACAUUGACACAAAAAGAUCUAGAUGCAUUCUCUAAUUUAACAAGUGAUCACAAUUAUUUACAUCAAAACAGUGGUAAUAAAAGACCAAUUGUUCAUGGGGCAUUAUUAAAUGGGCUUGUGGCAGGCCUUAUAGGCACACACUUGCCAGGGCCAGGCACAGUGCUAGUGUCACAAACUAUGAAGUUUCCCAAUAAAUGCUUUGUUGGUGAAAAAUUGACUAUCAGUGUAGAACUGGUUGAUGUGAGGAAAAUACUCAAAGUAAAGUUUUACUGUAUUGUUGAAGAGGAAAAGAAGGUUGUGUUUGAGGGUGAGGCUAAAUUGGUGUUAGCCAAAGACUGUUAGGAAUAAAGUGAAAUGGUUAUAUCUUUAAAGUAAUUUAUUAUUAAUUUAUAAGAUUAGGUCUUAUGAAUACCGGAAAAUUGUAGAUCUAACAGGCUAAUAAAAUACACAAAUAUAGUAUCUAUGUAUUUUGAAUAGAGUUCAAUGGGCUUUUAUUAACAUGUGCCAAUAAAAUGUUAAUUUUCGAAAAUUAUAUUUAGGGAAUAGUCAUAAAGUACAAUUUAGCUCUACAUUAGAUUAAUAUAAAUCUAAGUAAUAAUCUAAAUAUUAAGAUAUGCUUGAAUAAAUGAAACACCAGAGAUCUAAACCAAUCAUAAAUUCUAUUCUGUCCAUGUAUUGUCCAUUAUUAUACAAUUAAUCAAAACUAAUUAAGACUGAUAGUCUCUAGCUCAUAAUUUAUUUGUAAAUAUAUCCUUUGAACCUGUAUUAAUAAAAUACUUGAGGUUACAAUGUUUUAUAAUUUUAAAAUACUUAUAUUUUUAAUGUUAUAAACUUCUGUUAUGUUAUAUUCUAUUUGUAAAACGAAAUUCUGCGCAGAAAAGCCUGACGAUAAUUUAAAUUAUAUUGAUUACUAUUAAUUUAGUUAAAUAUCAAAUUUCAUUCCGUUUCUUGGGAAAAUUUUAGUACAAUAGUUUAUAUAAUAUUCAUUGUGCUAUAUAAAAACAAAAAAAGGAUGAAAUGGCACAUAACGCUAUUGUUAAGUGUAAAUAUAUUUUUGGGUGUGGAUAUGCAUUCAUAAAUAUCUUAUAAAUAUCAAUAGUUAAAAAGAUUAAGUUGUUUUAUAGCUUGGUUCCGUUUGUCAACGGCUUUUCUAUUAUACAAUUUGUAUUAUUCGUCUAUAUAAAUUAAAUUUGAAAUUAUAUAGAUUUUAAAUGCCAUGGUAUGAAUACAUUCAUACAUUAAACACUUUCUUUUUGACCCUGUAUUGUUUUGGUCAGAAUACUAUUUCUUAGUAUUAUGUAUAGUUACAAAUUUUCAGGUUAGAAUUGUUUUCUUGUACUUUUUGUUACUGUUUGUAUUUUUUGUUUAUUAAACUCACUUGUUGUGUUGUUUCUUUUUUCAUAUUGUGUAAAUUGUAGUAAUUAGAGAUAUACCUUCUAAACAAUGUACGUUUUUUGAAAUAGCGUAGAAGUGUACUAAAUGUUAGACAUUUCUUAGGAUUUUUGAAAAUUUCUUAAAACUUUGGCUAGAGUAGUGUGCUUUUUAAAAUUUUUGGUCAAUAUAUUAUAAAUUACUUAGAUCCCAUUUAUUGAGGGCUGUGAAUUAGUUUAUAAAGUUGAAAAUAUAAUGCCACAUUA